AGUCGCAGUUAACAUUCAAACUCUUGGUAGUUAGUUACACGAAUUAGGCCGUUUCAAAUUAGACAUGCGAAAAAUAGUUUCGGAACUUGCAAAACUUCAUGUCAAGAAUGUUAUUGUAAUUUUAGGGUGAUAAUAAUUAAUUCUAUAUCGCGCACGACCUUUGAUAAACUAUCUAAUUUACAGUAUAUAAAAGUUCAGAUGCACACCCGAGGUGGAUUACUAUAAAACGCGCGGGUGUCAAAACUGUUAAAAAAUGCUAAUUUGUAGUAAAUAGUUUUUUUAUAAUAGUGCUAGAAUCUGUGAUAGAUAAUAAUAUUAAAAAUGAUGCGAGAUACAGCGAGGGGAUGCAAAGUAUAUAUCGAAAUACCAGUAUUAUUGCUGUCUUUUGCUGUGAUGUUUGAGAAUACUAUUAGUACUCAUUUAGUGUUGUAUAAAACGUGUUACGUCACGUUGGGCUUUAACGCUACAGAUUGUGCCAUGUUGGGUACAGGGCACGAGAGCAACGAGACUGCACUUUUGGAAACUAUGGUGCAACCCUAUGCGGCUAUUUUGCUGAUGGGCCAAUCGUUUAUCCAUGCGUUCAUACAGCCCGUCUUUUGCUUCUUCCUGAGCUCGUGGUCCGAUAAAUAUGGACGGAAACCAAUUCUCUUAAGCAGCUUCAUAGGGUACAUUGGAUCUUACAUGGUCAUGAUAGUAAUAAGUGCAAUACCAGAGUCAUCACCGUGGUUGAUCUUACUUUCACUAAUUCCCAUCUGCUUUACGGGUGGGUUUCCACUAGUCAUCACCACGAGUGUCAGUUAUAUAACCGACAUUACCGAGGAGAAAGACCGUGGUCUUCGAUUAGGAAGUUGGGAGGCGGCUUUCACGAUAGGGAUCUUGCUGGGAAACUCCUGCAGUUCAUUCGCGUUGAGAGCAUUUGGAUACUUGGGAAUAUACGUAAUUUGCAUAGGGUGUUCAAUUCUCGCCUUAUUCUAUAUUAUGUUUCUCCUUGACGAAUCUGUCGUAAAUGUAGAAACGGAGGAUAAGUUCAAAAUAUUUAAAUUGUCAUUGGUUAAAAAGACGAUGAACAAUACCUUCGAUGGACGCAAUGUUCACGACAAACUGAUGAUCGUUUCCGUAAUGGCGCUUAUGCUACUCUAUACAGUUGCAAGAUUUUCGGAUCAUGGAAUACUAUUUUUAUAUUUACGGCAAAGCUUUGGAUGGUCUUUGCAGAGGUUCACCCUGUUUGCAUCAUUCAAAAGUACUGUGGCGGUGGUAGGAAGCAUUAUUGGCGCGUUUCUCCUUAACAAGGUGCUUCGGGUUAAAGAAACCGUGGUUUUAAUUAUCGCGUUUCUUACAACAACCUGCUAUUACACACUAUUGGGAUUGGCCACGGCUAACUGGCAGAUAUACAUGUCUGGCUGCUUCAAAUGUCUCGUUGGAGCCAUAAACCCAAUGGCAAGACUACUACUUUCCAAGCUGAUAGAACGGAAGGAUAUUGGAAAAGUAUUGGGGUUGAUAGUCGCAUUGGAGUCCAUUAUAGGCCAUAUUGGCAAUUCGUUAUUUACCUACCUAUAUAAUCUGACUUUGUCAACAUACCCACAAACUUUUUGUUUCGUUACCGCUGGAAUUUACCUGUUCGAAGUUAUCCUAACAAUCGCAAUCUUGUAUAUGCAAAACCGCCAUCGGAGGAGAGGUUACGUUAGCAUGGAAAGCGAGGAAUCGACCAGGGAAGAAUCGUGAUAAUUUAAGAUAUUACCGACUGAAAUAUUGCGUUAUGUUAGCGCUGGUUCCUAAAAUACCGCCAAUAUAAUAUUCUUUAAUCAAUGUUGAAAGUGUAGAUAGUUUUUAAAUUGCGAAAAUUUUAACUGACUGAUCAUUGACCAACAAUAUAAAGAAGGUUAUCAGCAGAGAA